AUCGGGUGUUGGGAGGAUGCCUAGAGACUUGUCGCGAUCCCGAUCGCCUCCCUACAGGCGUAGGCAUUCACCGUCACCGGUUGGACAUAGAUAUAGCAGGAGGAGCAGACGAGAUAGAAGCCGGUCUCCAUAUUCGUAUAGCAGGUGACCCUGUUUGAAUGUUUAAUUUUCUAUGUGAUAUGUAUUAUUGAGGUAGAAUCAUUCGGGACUCGUGUUUUACAAAUUAUUUGCUGUGUAUCUAUAACGUUUAUUUGUCGGUAUUUGCUGUAAUCAUUUACGAUGUAAACUGUACCUGGUGGUGGCUUUGAGUAUUAGUUAACAAUCCAUAUCACUGUUGCAUUUGCUGUGAGAGAAGUUUUUCUAAUUUGAAUUUGUUAAUAUCUUAUCUUCGAUAUACCAUGUAACAAUAUACUAAAUAGUCUUGCUUUGAUUUCUAUCAAAUGAAUUUUUUGAAGAACCUUGAAUAUGGAUUAGUUAUUAAUGAUUUUCAAGCAAAAAAUGUGAGGGGAAUAUUCAGAUAAUUAAGGGGGCGUUAUUUUCGUAGUUCACGUAGGGAACCCAAAAUCUUAGCGAUGGCCCUGAUUGUAUGAUAUAUAUAUAUAUAUACACACACACACAUUUAUAAAUCAUAUUUGCUUUCAGGUUUGAUGUUCUAUGGACAUAACAUGGAUGUUAUACUAUUUGAAUAAUAUUCUUCCAAAAUUGCAUUUAAUUAACCAGGGGUUAGCUUUGAGGCAAAAUGUGUAAAAUAAUAUGUUUUAGCGGGGCUCUUCUUCUUUCCAUUAUAUUAACGUCUUAUUUGAAUGCUAAAGAAAUUCCAGAAAAAAAAGAGGAUAUCUUUGAUAGAGUAUUUGUGGAAAACUGACUAUUUACUUUGUUUGAAGAAAUGCAUAUGACAUUUUGACGAGGACAUAAAAUUGGGUAGUCAUUACACUUUCAAGACCACAGAGCUAUUGUGUAUUUAUGACUAAAAUGUGGUGGUCAAUGUUGAACCCCAUGAUUGAUAAUGCUGGUUAUUUGUGAAGUGUAAUUUGAAUUCAAUAUCUACUUUGUAGUUUCUUAUUAUCAUUUAGCUUCUUUGUUGUACUUGUUCGAUUGGAUACGAAUGAACGGUUAAAUUUCUUUUAGUAUGCCAUUUGGAAUUGGACCUCUUCUGUUAAGCUCAAUUCGUUGAGCACUUGAACUACGGAAUGAGAUGCAUGCUGUUAUGCUGGAUGAUUGAACAUUGCUAAUAUUCAAGUAUUUGAAGACCCUGUCAUAAGUGUCUGGUGAUGGUGUCACAUACUUUUUAUUACUUGCUAAUUGGCAAUGGGUUUCUUUCUUUUGUGUGGUUUCUUAUUUGUGUGCCGAGGUUGAAACUCAUUAAUGAAACAUAUAUAGGGUAUUAUGUAGAGAACAAGAUAGGAUAUAUGAUAUUUAUAAAAAAUAGGAAAAAUCAGUUUCUUCCCAUAACAUGGAAAAUGAGGGAUAUGAACAGGUGGUGAGUUCUGAUAAGUGUUUUUUCAUUGCUCGUUUGUGACAUUUGCUUCUUCAUGUGAUAAAAGAUGGAGCAGACAAUGAUUAUUUUAUGAGGCGAAAAAGUCGUUCUAUUUCACCAAGAGGCCGCAGAAGUCCUUCUACAACUACUUGGCGUCGCAGAAGUCGAUCUCCUACUGCAAAACGAUACCGAAGACAAAGAAGUAGGAGUUCCUCAUUGUCUCCUGCUCAUAAAUCUUCCAGUUCAAGCCUUGGGUCAGUAGAGCAGAAAACUGCAAUUGAGAAACAAAGGAAAGAAGAAGAGAAGAAAAGGCGUCAACAGGAAGCAGAGUUGAAAUUAAUAGCAGAAGAAACUGCUAAGAGGGUUGAAGAAGCUAUUCGUAAGAGAGUUGAUGAAAGCUUGAGUUCUGAGGAGGUUCGGGUGGAGAUUCAAAGGCGGUUGGAAGAGGGAAGAAAGAAACUUAACGACGAAGUCGCUGCUCAACUUCAAAAGGAAAAAGAAGCGGCUCUUAUUGAGGCUAAACAGAAGGAGGAACAAGCUCGUAAAGAGAAAGAAGAUCUUGAAAGGAUGCUUGAGGAAAACAGGAGGAAGAUUGAAGAAUCUCAGAGAAGGGAAGCAUUAGAGCAGCAAAGAAGGGAGGAGGAACGAUAUAGAGAGCUAGAAGAGUUACAGAGACAGAAAGAAGAAGCCAUGCGAAGGAAGAAACAGGAAGAGGAGCAAGAACGUAUAAACCAAAUUAAGUUGUUGGGAAAAAACAAAUCCCGUCCAAAAUUGUCAUUUGCUCUCGGAUCAAAAUGACCGUUAUGCAAGUAUUUGUCUAGGUUAUCUAAAGCGUUUGUCUGUAAUUUGCAUACGCAAUUUAAGAAAAUCAAACAGCCUCCUUGGCUUCACUGUGAUAUCAUCAAUUCUGUUUCAAAGUUGCAUUAGAUAUGAUUUUCUCAUGGCCACUUAAUUUUCCUUA